CUCGGGACCGACGAUCGUUCGCCGAUGAAGUCAUCAAAAAUUUUUGUGAAAUUUCGGAAAAAAGUUUGAGAAGAAUGCCUGAAAGAAAAGUUAUUAAGAGUAUAACCGAUUACAAAGAAAAUGAAUGGGAAAACAGGAAGUUCGAAACGAACCAAUCAAAGCAUUCUUUGAAUCCGAACAACGAUUGGAGUCCUUUGAAUAUACAAGAGGCGAAAAUACCUGUCUACUUUCAAAAGCAAAUAUCCCCAAUUUUUGAUAUUGAUGAAAUUGAAGGGUGGGGUGAACCUCCUCGAAAUCCUAUUUCUUGGAAUGAUUCUCACCAAGGUUAUUGCAAAGAAUUAAUUGAAGAACAAAAGAAAACUACUUUUUGGGCUAUACAAAAUGGAGUUUGGGUUAACGUAAGUGAAGAGACGGAGACGAAGGUUUCGGAGAGAAUCAGUAAUAAUAUUCGAAAUAACAUCAUAAAACGUGGUGAAAUAUGGGAUAAAAUUAAAAAACAAACAAGAAGUUAUUAUGACUUUAGAAAUGAAGAGAAUAGAAAAGCUGCCGAUUUCAUUUACGAAGAAGAGAAUGAUCUCAUUAAUUUCGAUCUUUCUGACAUUUCGGAUUCAAAAAAUUCUUCAGAUGGAACAAAUAAAACACAUGAGACAACCGAAGUACAUUUGAAUAAUCUUUUGCAAGAAGAUCUUAUAGACCUAAGAGACGAAAAAAUUCAGAAUACAUUAAAUUCUGAAUAUAAUUCUGAUAUUAAGAAAGAAGGACCGAUUAAAAUAAAAGAACAAAUUAAGGAAGAAGAGCUGAUUAAAAUAGAAGAACCAAUUAAGAAAGUAGAACCAAUUAAGGAAGAGCUGUUAAUAGAUUUAGAUUUCGAUACUAGUGUAACAGAUGCUCCCAGUUAUAAUUCAAUUUUCCCAAACAGCAAGGAAUUGAAUGAUAUUUUUUCUCUGAUGCCUAAGAGUUCCGUAAUUGAGAAUAAAGAUUUACUUUUAUUCGAUAAUGAAGAUUCAGAUCCAGCCAAAUCAUUCUCAAUUUCAAAUUCAAAGAGUUCAAAGGAUUUUCGAUUUACUAUUGAGACAAAAGAAUUUGGGUUCCAAGUAAUUAUUGUAAAACCG